CUCAAAAGAUAUCGAUAUUCCCCAAAUUUUUCAAAAAUAUAUAAAUUCAUCUUAUCUAAUUUCAUAUUAUAUUAAAUUCUUGUAAUAUUUGUAUUUAAACUUUCUGUAUUUCAACAAAUUAUGUAAAACAUACAAGAAGAUACGAGGACAUACCAAUGUGUUUCGAUUGUGUUGUUUGUGUAUAACGUUGACAGUUUUCGAAUGGCGAUUUGUUCCUCGUAAAUACCAGGAAAUGCUAUGAUUCAACAUUGCGGCGUUUUCAAUUACAGCGUAUUGUGAUUGGCGUACAUUGUUUUCAGUUUGAUAUUGAGGCUUUGUCGUUAAUUCAGUAUGAACUUGGGUUAUCAGUGAAAGGUCAUCUUGAAAUGUUUUGAGGGUACAUUCAAGUGAUCCGAGACAGUAAACCGAAAAGAUGGUGCCUGCACCUAGCUGCCCGUCCACAUGGGACUACUGGACAACAUCGCCGUCCGACUUUGUGGAGCUCACAUGCCUCCUGCCGAAUAGUAUUUACAUUCCUCUGAGAGUGAGCUGGGAUGCCACCCUUCAGGAUGUCAAAGAGGAGUUGUGGGAGAAAGCAGCACAUUAUCCUCUUUUUGGGGUCUUGCAUGAGAUGUCAGGAUAUGUUUUCCAAUUUGUCAACUCACUGGCUGUUCUUGAGGAAGUGGAUGAUGAGAACAAGAGGCUUCGAGACAUUAAACCCGUUUGUGGAGUGCUUGUGAUAAUAAAGAGGUCUGUGAAACCAGGAGAAAAUUUGCUGAACACACAAAUAAGCAAUUUGAUUGGAAAAGGUUUAAAUGAAUUCGAUAGUCUAAGGAGUAUGGAAGUGAAUGAUUUCCGGACACAAAUACGCAAUUUAGCUGAAGAGAGUUUUGUUAAACGGAUCAAAAGUGAUUGGCAAGAAAAACUGAGUUAUCAGUGUCCGCCAAGAUUGGCAGAUCCGGAGUUACCUAAAACACUAAAGAGUCAACUGAAUAGGAAUAGUUUCAUGCUUGUCACGAAAUUUGCAAAUUCAGAGUUUUCAUUUUCACUAUGCGUGCCUUUCAACCAAACACCGCAGCAGCACAUCGAAAUCAUACUGAGAAAGCAAGCGAAAUCUCUCAACAUCCGCGGAGAGCAUCCACACAAUUACGUAUUAAAAGUUUGCGGCCGCGAGGAGUACCUGUUUGGAGAUUACCCUCUCAUACGGUUUAAAUACGUACAAGAGAUGUUGUUACGUGAAUCCGUGCCUCAAGUCAUGACCGUCAGCGUGGACAAGUUGAGAUUUUUCAAUGCCAAUCCCGACCAGUACUACAUAAGAGAACACAGACGACAGACUGCUGAUUCGAACACAAUGAAGAGACGGAAGAAUGAACUCUCAUGGGACAUAGAUAAGCUUUACUCUUGUACGGUACUGAGUGUUGGAGGGUUGAAUGUGGACCCUAAUCGUGUUGUUGAGGUCAUUUGUCAAGCGGGUGUAUUUCACGGUGGUAAACCUCUAUGCGAGGCGCAGAAGACCCGAGCGUCUCCGGUGUCCUCCGAGGGAGUCGCGAAGUGGCAACAAGAGCUCAAAUUCCCACUCAAAGUGUACAACAUACCGAGAAUGGCUAGACUGUGCUUCGGCAUAUAUGAAAUUGAAAUUAACAAAACUAAGAAUAAGAAGAAAGGAAAAGAUGCAGGCAAGGACUCGAUAAAUCGAUUGGCGUGGGCAAACACAAUGAUAUUUGACUACAAAGAUCAGCUGAGGACAGACAAAGUGACAUUCUUCAUGUCCACGCACGUGGCGGAUGAGACGCAGGGCGACGAUCAGCUGCUGCAUCCCCUAGGGACGGUUUUCUCCAAUUCGAAUACAGACUCAUCGAGCGCAGUACUACAAGUGCAGUUCUCAAACUACGACUGCCAAUAUCCGAUUGUAUUUCCAAAACUAGAAACAGUGAAAGCGUAUGCGGAGCAUAUUGAGAAUGGUUCUCCAGAAGUAAUGUCGCGGCUUAAGAGAGAUUUUGAGAAACUUCGAGCAACUGCCGAAAAAGAUCCAAUGUAUGAAAUGCACGAGCAGGACAAGAAGAAUAUAUGGGCAUUAAGGAAUGACUUCCGAUCCCUGGCGCCGUGGUUGCUGCCGCGGCUGCUGUGCUGCGUGGAGUGGGGCGAGCGCGCGGAGGCGGCGACCGUGGCCCGGCUGCUGGACGACUGGCCCAUUUCUCUGCCGGUUGAGUCCGCGCUCGAGUUACUCGACUACGCAUACGCGGACGCCACCGUGAGGAGCUUCGCUGUUAAAUGUCUGCAAAAGAUCAGUGAUGAAGACCUCUUGUUAUAUCUGCUGCAACUGGUCCAGGCGUUGAAACACGAGCCCUACCUCAUGUGCGAUCUGUCUGUGUUCUUGUUAAAACGCGCGUUUAAGAAUAUGAUCAUUGGACAUUAUCUCUUUUGGCAUUUAAGGUCGGAGAUGCAUAUGCCGUCGGUGUCGGUGCGAUUUGGUCUACUGCUGGAGGCGUAUUGUCGGGGUUGCCAAGAUCACAUUAAUAUCUUACUUCGCCAGAUCGCCUGUCUAGACAAACUUAAAUGGGUAAGCCAGAAUGUCCGUAAGAAGAAAGAAAUAUCAAAGGCGAGAGCGGCGUUACAGCAGAAUUUGCAGCAACAACAUUGCAUUGAGACACUUUCGGAGUUUGUGUCUCCACUCAACCCGAGCUACAUCUGCAAACGGAUACAGCCGGAGAAGUGCCGCGUUAUGGACAGCAAGAUGCGCCCUCUCAUGGUUGACUUCGAAAACGUGGACCCCUUCGGUUCUGACAUACGGAUCAUAUUGAAGAUCGGUGACGACCUCCGCCAAGAUAUGUUCACGUUGCAAAUGCUCAGGAUUAUGGACAGACUGUGGAAGAGUCAUGGCUAUGAUUUUAGAUUAAGUCCAUACAAUUGUAUAUCAAUGGAGAAUGAAGUGGGUAUGAUCGAGGUGGUGGAAGACGCGGAAACAGUUGCCAACAUACAGAAACAGCCCGCUAUGUUCCCAGCAGCCUCCACAAUGUACAAAAGCUCUCUGUUACAAUGGUUGAAGAAACAGACAGAAGACGACUCCGGGCGGCCCAAUGAGACGGCGUUCAACAAGGCCGUGGAGGAGUUCACUAUGAGCUGCGCCGGAUACUGCGUCGCCACGUACGUGCUCGGGAUCGCGGAUCGACACCCCGACAACAUUAUGGUCAAGAAGAGCGGACAGCUAUUCCACAUAGACUUCGGACAUUUCCUCGGUCACUUCAAACAGAAGUACGGUUUCAAGCGCGAACGCGUGCCGUUUGUUCUCACGCACGAUUUCAUACACGUGAUCAACAAAGGACAACGAGGCUCGGGCGAUAACGAACCUAUCAAUUUCAAGAUAUUCAAGGAACACUGUGAUACGGCAUUUAGAAUCCUCCGGAAACACGGCCACCUCAUCUUGUCUCUCUUUUCGAUGAUGAUCUCCACCGGACUUCGGGAGUUGAGCUCAGAGAAAGACCUGCAGUACCUUAGAGAGACCCUCGUAAUGGAUCUAUCCGAAGAGAAAGCCAUGGAGCACUUCAGAUCAAAGUUCAGCGAAGCGAUGAAGAACUCAUGGACGACAUCUCUCAACUGGGCGUUCCACAAUAUCGAUAAAAACAACUGA